AUGGUCUGGUGGUGUAGUUGGUUAUCACGUCAGUCUAACAACUCGAGGACAUUUCAAGAUAUCCUCACUGCACACUGAAGGUCUCCGGUUCAAGUCCGGGCUAGAUCAUACUACAUGGGCGAUUGGUUUAGUGGUAUAAUGACCGCUUAGCAUGCGGUAGGUCCAGGGUUCGAUUCCCUGAUCGUCCAUUCUUUUGCAUCUAUUCAUCAGUCUGCUACGGGUGGAGUAGUUCCUUUUGCGGGUUCAAGUGAUGGAACGGAUAUUGAUUGCCAUUCCCUACAACACGGGGCGUCACAACCGCUGCGCAGCGAUCAUGUGAGGCAAACUUAGACAUCACAUAACUGUGAAACCGACGAUGGGCGUAAAAAGUUGCGCGGGCCUUCUGCCUGAGCGGCCUGAUUGAUAUUUCAAGGCCGGCACGGCAUGCAUGGAAGCCAUUGAGAACUUACAGUUCAUGUUCAACUAUCAGCGAAGAAUGGAACCUCUGCCAUGUCGUUGGCACAACACGGUACAGGAAUGGUCUUCUCAAGUACCAAAGGAGUACAUCAGUCUGUUAAGCCGGUGUGGGCACAAAGCACUAGCUGUACCUGCCUACUGGUGUGCUCUGAUACGCCAUGUCAAAGAUGUUUUGGGUUUUGCUAACGCUGGAAGGACUCUUACCGAGUCGUUGGAUUAUCUUGGACCAAAUGGCUCCCAUAACCACUGAAAACGAUAAGUACUCCGCACGGCUAUCUGGGCUUCAAGCCUGAUGGAUUGGAUUCUGCCAUGAUGCGACUACACGAUAGGGUUAUGUGUUAUAAGACCAAAGAUUUUAGAAACAAAGUUGCGGGAACCGUGAAUGUCCCCUAUACUAGCUAGUUAUUCGGUGAAAUGGGAGGAUAAAAAGCUCAGGAAA